GCAAACCAGUCAAAAUCCGAUUCCCACCAACCACAAGGCAAAGCACAAACCCGCCUUCCAAAUCCCGACAAGGCAGCACGACACCACCGCGUCACAGCGCGCCUUCAACUUCAAGGCCAGCCCCCCACGCCGGCGGCCACCGCAUCGCCCAUCUCGCUGCUAGGACCCCGCCGGGCGGCCGCGCGGGUUCGGCCGGAGGCGGAGAGAUGCGGCGGUCGUCGAGCGGCGCCCGCGUGUCGGAGGGAGGGGACGCGGCCUCGUCAUCGGCGGCGGCGGCGGGCCACCACGGCGACGACGCGGCGCUGCCGACGUUCGACCCGCAGUCGGCGGCGGGGCGGCGGGAGGCCGCGCGGACGCGGUCGCUGGGGCGCGCCGUGCACUGCAUCCCGGUCCUGCUGCUCUUCUGCGUCCUCGUGCUCUGGCUCGCCUCCACCUCCCCGGUCCACAUCGACUGAUGAGGAUAUGGCAAGUGGAUCCAAAAUCUGGUUUCCAGAGUUCCGCAAAAAGUACAUUGAAGUAGAUAAGAAAUGAUCACGUAGUGCACCUACCAAGGGGGUAUAUCUGGAUAUUCUUUUCACUCCAGAUUGGAGUUGGUGUGAUUUGGCCCACCAUUACAAUUUGUAUACACAAUUCUUUUCCAGCACAAAACAUGUACAUAUACUAUGAUAUUGUUUUAUACAUGUUCUGGUGUAUUCGUA